AAAAGAAGGGGAGAGUGAUACAAUUAGUUAGUGAAAAUAAUUUUUUUUUGGUUAUUGAAUAUAAUUUCUGAUAAAAUUAUUCAAAACCUUAGAGUGAAAUUAGGAAAAAGAAAAAUAGAAUAUAAAAAUAUUAGAGUCUAUUUGUUAAAUAACAAAAAAAUGAAAAUUAAAUUUUUUAAAAAAUGGUAGAGAGAAAUAGAAAGAGAAAAUACGUAGGAGAGAAGAGUCGAUUUAGAUGGUUAAUGAUUUUUUUUUUUAUCAUGCUUAAUUUUUCAAAAUAUUACACUGUCAUACAAACUCAGAAAUAAACUAUAUUCUUUGAUCUUUAUUGUGUUAGUUACUACUCAUUUUAUGUAAUGAAAAUUAUAAACUUAUUAUAUAAUAAAACAGAAAUAAAAUAUAACAAAAUAUUUUCUAUCUUUAAAGCAAAAAAUAAAUAGGAAAUUAUCUAAAGAAAUAUUUAAUCAAAACUGAUUAAAAAUAAUAUAACUACUAAAUACUUUAGAAUAUUAAUAAGUAAAAAGCACAGAAAAAAGUUUGUACUACUAACUUCCUAAAAUUUGAGUAUAUAAUGCUUAUUUAUUACAAAAACAAAAUGAGUGUUCUAUUUAUUGUCAAUGAAAAAAAAAUAUAUUUUAAAAUUGAAAACUCUGAAGUUAAAAUUAAAAACAAAAUUUACCAUAAAAAAUACAAUAUGUAUCGCCAUCUUUUUACAUCAUAAUUUAUAGUUUUAUGGGCUUUUGUGAAACAAAUUCAUAUUUUCAAUAUAUUUUUUAUAAAAUAUAUACAAUCAUAUAAUCCGCGCGUAGCGCGGACACGAACCUAGUAUGCUCUAAUAGGAGUAAACGUAAACUUUUGGAGAAUCGGAGAUCCAUAAUGGGCUUUUGGGCUAAAUACGAUUUACUUACAAAACCCGAAGAGGCCCAUUUUAAAGAGGAUAGAUUGGUUCGUGAAACCAAACGCCAGCGUAAACCCUACUGAAAUUUUCAAAUCUCCUUUCCUCUCUUUCGUUUCCAGAACUCUCUCGUUGGCUCCCUCUAGCCUUUCCUUUUUCUCCGUCGUAACACUGAUCUGAUCUCAAUCUCAUAUCAGACGGAUCUGGAAAAGCAUGAAGAAGAGGAAGCAAUCAUUGGCCGAGAACCUAGACACAAGCUUGUGGAAAUUGCUACCCCACGAUGUGGUAGAGGUGAUCCUGGAGUGUGUGCCCGUGAAGCCUCUGUUGAGAUUCAGAUCUGUAUCGAAGAAGUGGAUAUUGACAAUCGAUUCCCCAGGUUUCAAGGAACGACAAUUGAUCCAUCGCAGGCAAUUACGUGGUCCCGAUGUCCUCAUCAUGCGUCUCUCCUAUGAUCGACCUGUGGGACGCAAAGGUCGUGGUCGAAAAGUUGUGUUGAGUGCAGCAUCAGCAUCAAGAAGAAGAAUAGGUUGGAACGUGAGUUACACGUGCGGCAUGUUCUGCGCUGGUAGUUGUGACGGUCUAGUAUGCGUCUACUGUCUCUACGUAGACAGUAUCGUGGGCAAUCCUGCCACUGGAUGGCAUCGGAGUUUUCCUCUUUCCAACUAUCAAGGCCUCCUCAUUCAGAGGUUCAAGAGAGAGGGUUCUGACUUCCCAUGGCCUAGCCUUGGAUUCGGUAGAGAUAAGUUAAGUGGCACUUUCAAGCCUGUUUGGUUGUAUAAUUCAUCCGGGUUUGUACUUGGAGGAGCAGACAAGGCUGUUGUUACCUAUUGUGAAGUUUUCGAUUUUAGCACCAACGCUUGGAGGUACGUUGUCCCCGCUUCUCCUUAUCCCAUCAAUGCUUACCAUAAACCCGUCCAUUUAGAUGGCUCGCUUUAUUGGUUAACCGAGUCUGAACCACCCUUGCUACUAUCUUUUGAUCUUCACACCGAGACUUUCCAAGUCAUCUGUAAAGCCCCUUUUGCCGACCCUCGCCACAUCACCAUGUGCGUCCUCCAUAACCGCUUGUGCUUGUCUGAGCAAAAAGACCUCACCCAAGUAAUAUGGUCGUUCGAUUCUUCCGACAAGACAUGGAACACAUUGUGUUCCUUUGAUCUCAACCCAACUGGCGACUUCGCCGCCCCCCUGUUACCAAUUGCAAUUCUGGACAAAGGUCAGUUAUUGCUUCAAGGUCGUGCUUCCAUGGACCCACUGGUCAUACAUGAUCUCCAUUACAGAUCUUAUGAUUUACUCUGCACACCUAAAUCACCCUCUGGUUCUGUUUAUUAUUUCGAGAGUUUAUUCUCUGCUUAAUUUCUCUUUAAUUUAAACUCAUCUCUCAUCUUGUUGUAUUUUUCUAUUAUAUACCUCUCUCUUGUAAGAAGUUACCCAAACAUUUAAAUAUGAAACACACUAUUGCAGUUUCACUUACA